UUUAUAAACUGGUUAACAAGCGUGGUAAAUAUAAUGAUCGUAGCAUAAAUAACUAUAGAGAAUCAUACAUAAACACAUAAUAUUUUAGGAAUGCUAGGAACAUGUAUGCUAUUUAUAUUCACGUUUUGUUAAUACAUCUGAAUUAGUAUCUAUUAUUUUGCACAUUAUAAUUUGUAACGCAGUUUAAUCAAAAUACAUAUAUCUACAUGUGUUUGCUACACCAACAGCUAUUUGUUUCAAUUUGCAAAGAACGGGGAAUUCCGCGAUUGCUGGAAAGCAGAACGUUUCCGUAAAAUGGUCUUGUGGCACAGAAAUGAAUAGACAAGACGUACAGCGCUUUUUAUACGUCACAGAAUUAGAUCACGUUUAAGCAUUUCGAAAAGAUUCAUAUUCAUAGAGUCCGUUCAUUAUACCUAUUUGCUGGAAGAAGAAAGCGUACCCUACAGCGAUAGAGAAGGUUGUUACAGUUUCGACUUUUUGAUGAAUAUGGAACUCACCAGUAUGGUCCACUGCUGAAUGUUUUUAAUUGUCGUGUAUUAAAAAAAAAAAAAAAAAACUUUUUGAGAAAGUCAAGACUCGGGACUCGGGAGACUUCGCAUAAGGCAAAAUACAGCAAGAUUACAGGACAAGCACCACCAACAGAACAGGACUGCUGCUUUCCGGUAAACUUUGAAAGUCAUGUAUGGACUAUCAAUGGCAGAUGCAUUUGCUUCCAAGGACCGGGUCUUCCUGAAAUGCUUGUUUUUGAUGUUCUUAUCGGCAGUUACAGUAUGUCAAGGAAACUCCUGGGACAUCCGUGGGGAAAUCGGAAAAACAGUGAUGCUUCCUUGCAGCCAUACAGCAGUUCCGAAAGAAAGGCAGAGAAAUGUGAUAAUAUACUGGCAGACUAAAGAUGAGGAAGUGGUCCAUGCGUUCAGUAAGGGAAAAGAAGACUUGCAGUAUCUGGACGAAGCAUAUGAGAACAGGACAAGGAUUUUUCCAGAUCAGUUGGAAAAAGGAGAUUUCUCUUUACAGAUAGCCCCAGUUAGACACACAGAUGCUAAUGUUUACAUCUGCUUCUUUAGUGAUGGCAGUGGUUCCAUGUCAAACCUGUGCACUGUUAAACUGGAAGUCGCAGCAAGUUUUACAGACCCAUCAAUAAACCUAGGCCCUUGCUGGAAAAGUGAGGAACAAGUAGAAAGAAAUGUAAGUUGCAUUUCAAAUGGAGGAUAUCCAAAGCCUCAAGUACAUUGGACCAUACAGAAUGGAGACACCCUUGUGCAUCCGCAGGGACGGACGAAUGUUACACAGGAUCUUGACAGUGGGCUGUACAUUAUUGACAGUCAGGUUACUGUCAACCUUUCUGAAGGGCUUACCAUCAGCUGCUCCAUUGAGAACCAGAAAACAGGAGAGAACAAAACAUCAACUAUACGAGGCUGUCUAAUCGCAGUCCCUCCUGGCUUCCCAGUAAGCAUUUUGGUUGGUGCAGCAGCAGGCGUAAUUGUUUUGUUGAUAACUGUUUUUGUGUGGAUCAAGGUUUCCAGCAAAAGAAACCAAAGAAAUGCAGCCUCAAGUGAAGUGACAGGAAACUCUGAUGCAAGGCCGUUAAAUGCAGUUUCAGAAUACCAGCAGUCAAGUUACUGUGUUGAAAUACAAGAACUGGGAGAGAAAGGGAACGAGAAAGGGCUUCCACUGAACAACACAGAGAAUAACCAGCUGGAAUCAGUGACAUUACGUACAUGAGUUUACAUGUUUCCUGCAUAAAAAGGACCAAUCUUAUGCUGGCUAGGUGGUACGGUGAAUUGACUGGUGAUCUCAGCCUAACCCUGUGGACAUCACAAAACCACCACACAAUUAAGCACAAUUGUUUCUGCUCCCUGCUUGAGAAAGGCUGAGGACUGAAUGGCAGGGGGUGUUCAGGUCAGGACUGAGGUGGACUGGAAUCACUGUGCCGUUGUCCUUCCACUUUCAUGAGCAUUUGCCAAAUGUAGAAGAAAUUAAGGAGAUUAAGUAAGGAAAGAAUAUUGCUUUCUACACUUGGGAGAAGACAGAGCAGAUCACAUGUUUGUCUUUAUACCUGACUGCUGUUCACUUUUCCCAGCUGAUGGAUAUUCAUUUAUAAGUAGACCUUAUUAAGAAAACCACCUGAAGACUGAAAUUAAAAAUGGAAGAAAGGAAAAUCCAAAAACAUGACUGUCUUCAUUCAAGAACUAUAUUAAAUUUGCUUUCCACAUGCUAAACUGGUGUUCAUGCUACACUCAUGACUGAUUCUUGGCCUGCAUCACCUUACAUUGCCCACUUGUUUGUGUUUGUGUUACCGUAAAACUUUCCGAGUUUUAAGACCUAAACAUCUUAAAAAGAGGCUGAGUUUGCUUUAUUAAUUUAUUGCCUUCAUGCCAAGACUGUGUUAGACAGUUAAGGCAGAAAGAGAGGCCACCAAAAUCUACACUCAGUGAUGUACUGCGCAGUCCAGGUUUAUUGGUAGAACUUGAUUAAGAAUGACUGCAAGGUUUAAGGUGAUGCAAUGACAGUCUUUAACUUAAUUUAGUUGUGAAAUUGGCAUGACCACUAACAAUUAAGUAAACAAAACUAGUCAACACACUGAAGCCUCCAAGCUAUUUUGCUGUUACUGACAGAAUUCUAGUUUCAACUUUUGAACAUCUACCUCCUAUCUAUCUAUCUAUCUAUCUAUCUAUCUAUCUAUCUAUCUAUCAAAGUGAGCGGAGAACAAUUGGAGCAGCUAAAAUGAAUUGCAUUUUAAAUUAUUAAUUUUUCUAUGAAUUAACUUAAAAAUAUAAUAAAAGUAAUACACAUGCAAUCAAAUAUUUAAGAGUUGUUUUGGUCUUUCAAUUAAAAUAUAGUGUAUUUGUUUCCAUAUUUCACUGAAGAAGUCUGUGGUGAAGUAAUUUACAAUAAUGCAUGAGCGCAAGUACAGUGUGUUAUUUUGACAACAUAUUAUUGGGUCCUGGGCUAGUAAUAUUUAUAUUUAAGGUGACCAGACCACGUUUGAAACACUGGUCCCAGUGUCUGCAGAACCUUUCUUGGGAUGUUCAUUUCGUCCGGUUUUUCCCCAGAGCAUCAUCGCACUGGUAACAGAUAUUACACACUAUUGUACAGUAUAGUAUUUUCAUGCAUGCUGCUGUGCUUCUACCAUAUCUAACUUAUUACAGUACAACACUUGAUGUGACUAAAGAAGGUUGAACGACCAGUAGCAUUAAAAAGCGCCUGUACAGCGCGUGCAAAUCUGGAGAAUUACUGAACAGUCAACGUUCAUGUUUUCAACCAAUCACAGAGAAUUGCAGGUGGGUUUAUCCCACUGACUGCUAAAGCGAACCCGUCUGAUUCACCACUUUCACUGUGUGAAGAGGUUCUUACAGGUACUAUUGUAUUGUGUUGGAAUUAUUCUCUUCAUCCAUGAUAUUUGUAUAUCUACGUGCACAUGACUUUUCUUCGUGUGUAGCUUUAGGCUACAAUUGCGGAAAUCAAUGCUGUCAUGUCACAUUACCUUGACAUGUUUACAACGCAGUGCACUGAAGCUUGUCAUGGUUUGAACACUUUGUGCAUUAAAAUAGCCCAUCACAACAAUAGGAGGGUCUACAAUGUGACAAAAGUAUUUGGAAACAUAUUUUUCUAUUGAAAUAAGUCUAUAUUCACUUUCAGUUCACCACAGGUACUCUGUAAGAAACGUGUUUGUGAAUAAUACAGAAUAAUUUAUGAACUAGUUAUUUUCACAUUUGUGAAAUUCAUAUUGUAAAAAUAUUUUACAGAACAUUUGUUUUUUUAUUUUUUUAAGUAUACAAGUUAUGUUGUUUUUAGUAAUAAUGAAAUACAAUAGUUUCAGAUCUGGUGCCAAUUUAUUUAAAAAUAUUUACAUUGAUAGUUUAGUACUGUAUAUGAUACAAAUAGUUUAAAACAAUUGCAAAAAAGAACCACGUCCUCAUUUUAUUUUUCCUUUCUUUAAAAAAUAUGUAAAUAAGCUGCAUUAGAGGCAUCUCUUUAAUUUGGUGACCCCUUAUUUUUAUUUCUGUGUUAAAUGUAUAUUUUAUUCUGCAAAGUUUAAGAAGAAAAUAGAGACAAUGGAGUACUCAUAUUUAAGAUUAAUGGUAUCUGUUACAUAGGUGUGACAGCUCUAUACAGUAUUUAUAAGUAUUUUACUUUAUCACAGCUUUUAGUUUAAUAGAAGAAAAACAAUGAUCCAAUCAGAAACUGUGAUAGAAAACAUAUACAGAACAAACACCAUGUCAUAUUACAUGGUAAGAAAUUCAAUAUUUUGAAAAAAAAAAAAAGAUUCUAUGAAGUAACCAUUUAUUAAAUAGGAUAGCAUAGAGAUAGAGAUCGAGCGAGAUGGAAAGUGUAAAUCAAAGAGCUAACAUGCAGUUUCUUAGGCAGCAAAGGGAUUCGAUUUGCAGCAGUAAUCAGCAAAAAAAUAGAAUCUCGGAAUUUUAUAUUAUUGAAUUGCUACUGUGUAAUGACUACCUGUUGUCUAGAAAUGACAUUACAAAGACAAUAAGAUCAUUUAUUCACAAAAGUAAAAGAUUCCACUUUGAAUAUCACCAUGAGUCUCUGCAUUCACUUUCAAUAUGAUGUUAGAUCAAACAUUGCCAAAGUGAAAAUUAAAAAAAAACAGAGAUCUUCCCUGUAGCUUUGACAUUGGAAGUUAUUUACAGUAUCUACUAGUAUCUUUAUCAUAAAAACAAUUUUUUGUUUACAUGAUUGACAAAAAUGCAGCUUCAUCUUCAUGCAUUCACUGGUUUUCUUCAAAACAGAACUGUCAAAGUGAGCACAGAGCAGCUUAAACUAAUAAUAAUUAAUAUUUCAAUUAUAUUGAUCAAUUUUGAUUAACAGUAGCUUAUAGAUUGGUAUUUUCAGAUUGAAAGUUUCUUCAGCAACUGCAGCAGUGUGGAGUAAUGGUUAGGGCUCUGGACUCCUGACCGGAGAGUCGAGGGUUCAAUCCCAGGUGGGGGACACAGCUGCUGUACUCUUGAGCAAGGUUCUUUACCUAGAUUGCUCCAAUAAAAACCCAACUGUAUAAAUGGGUAAUUGUAUGUAAAAAAUAAUGUGAUGUCUUGUAACAAUUGUAAGUUGACCUGGAUAAGGGCGUCUGCUAAGAAAUAAAUAAUAAUAAUAAUAAAUAUCUCACAAGUUAAAACUGUGAAAAUAGUUGCAUUAUUUUUUGGGGCCGAUGGGCCCAGUAUGUAAGUUUAUACUGAUUUAAAAGUGCUUAUUAACAUCAGAGGGGCAAAAGGAAGUGAUCAUUUUGCAGGAGGGAUGUCAUAACCAUCUUAUUGUAUGAUUGAUGCCUAUCAAAAGUAGGAUUUUUUUCCUUGUGUUCUGAAAGAUGUGUGCCAUUCCAAGUACUGUACAGGUUUAAUGCAAUUUAUACACUACGGUAUGUGUUACUACUGUACUGGUCUGUAUAAUUUAGAAAAAAAGGUAUUAAUUCUUAAAAUACGUAUUAAAUGAUUUGACUUUGUUAAUAUCCUGCAAUCUGUAUUUGUCAUUAAAGUGUUGCUGAACAAGCUGUAGUGUUUACAAUGGAUACUUUGACA